AUGGACGUCUUCGCCAACCAGCUCUCCACCCUCCGAACGCUCAUCGUCACCCUCGACUGGCUUCUCAUCAAAAAGCUCUUCGUGGCCUCCGUGACGCUCGUCGCACCCAUCCAACUCUCCCGCACCACAUCGCCUGUCCUCUGGCCUUUCUUAUGCGGACACGCUGCCUACCGGGUGCCGGAGUUGGACCUUCCGGACUUUGUCGCUUAUCCGCUCAUUGCCGAGCUGUGCGUGGUUGCACUAGGGUUUUAUUCCUGCUAUUUCCAGAGUGUGAGGGACGUGGAAGUUGCUGAGAGGGAGAAGGGUGGUGUGGAAGGCAAGGAGGCCGCGUAG